GCAUAGCUCCGCCCAUCUAUGGGCCUCCGUUCAGUUCAGUGCAUCAGUGUGGAGAGACACACACAGCAGUGAAAACAACAUCACUGUCAUUAUACUCGUUUAAAUAUUAAUAUUUUUUUCGUUAAAUAAACACUGUCCUCAUUAAACUACUGAAGACUUGUCACUGAUCAACGUGUUUGGCAAAGCAUCUUUGAGUUAAGCGACCCACUAAUAUUUGCAAUGGAGGAGCUUCAUAUCCAUUGCCUGAAAUGUGUCAACCGCCGAUGUAUGAUAAGACCAGAACCUAAUGUUUCCUGUGACAUCAUGGGCUGCCCUCUUGUGUGUGGAGCGGUUUUCCACUCAUGCAAACUGAAUGAACAUCGAUUGCUGUGUCCAAACGAAAGAGUCCCGUGUCUGAACUGUGGAUUCGGAUGUCCAUUCACCCUAGUCAGGGUCAGAAUGGCACAGCACCUUGAAACUUGCCCAGCCAGCGUUGUGUGUUGCACUAUGGAAUGGAAUCGAUGGCCAGUGAGUUAUGCAGAUCGCAAGUCCUACGAUAACUUGAGUAAGGAGGUUUUUGAUGUGGAACAGCUCGACAUGGCUUUGGCCCUCCAGGAUCAGCGGAUGUUGCUGGAGUCGCUUAAAGUGGCGACCACAGUGACAAAAGCCCUGGUAGAGCAAAAUCAGGACUAUUCCUGCCACCAGGAGUCAAACCCGGAAAAUGAAUUCAUUGAAACGGAUGAGGAGCCGUAUGGUGGACCUUACACAACUUCAGUGGAAAACAGUACAAGCUUUGCCGCCACUUUGGACAUUCUCCAUAGUGCAAAAACGAUUGACUUCACUGUGGAGAAUACCAAUGGUGAGGAACAGAAUGGAGGUUGCAGUGGUGUCAGGAAUGGCGAUGGGAAGUUUAGCAAUGACACAACAAAGGAAAGUGACACUGAUUCGGAUUCUGAUCUGGGAGCUGUAGGCGGUGCUGAUUGUCCUUUUCCAGUAGACCCUGAAGAUGAAAGAGAUGAUUGGUUGGAGAACAGUGGAUGCGGUGAAUCUUCUUCUGAAGAAGGCGAAAUGAAUGGUGGGAUAGAACUCAGUGACCUUCAUAAUGAAGGGGACGGUGAUAGCCAGGUCAGACUUGAAAGGGUCAAUGGCUGUUCAAGCGUGAGGCAGGUUUUACCUGAUCAUUCCAUACCUGUUCUAGCACAGGGGCCUGAAAUGGCCCACUUGCCUCAGCUACCUCUUCCUUUGCCCAUCCCUGUGCCUAACCUGAUGCACAACAAUGUUCUGCACCAUUUGCCUUUCAGAAUUGAGGACCGAUGGCUGGAGCGCAAGUUGGAAAAUCUCCAGGCACUCAGGGGAAUGAAAUUGUUUACAAUCAACGGGCGAAGAACUCUGUUUUCCGACCCCUACUUAUUCAAAGCCAAGAUGGAGGACAAGGCUGUGGACACGUCAGACCUCGAGGUGGCAGAUGAUCUGAUGGGUCUUCAUGGCAUUGACCUCAUCACCGCUGCCUUGCUCUUUUGUUUGGGAGACUCACCAGGUGGUAGGGGCAUCUCAGACUGCCGCUUUGUAGAUGGUUAUCACAUUGACUUUGGUACACAAACCUUCUCUCUUCCUUCUGCCAUACUGGCAACCAGCACCAUGGUUGGUGACAUCGCCUCAGCUUCUGCCUGUGACCACGCCAGUCCACAACUCUCCAACCCCAUUCCAUUUCACACCCUCAGAUUAGACCUCGUUCUGGAGUGUGUGGCACGCUAUCAGACCAAACAGCGAUCUAUGUUCACCUUCGUAUGCGGACAGCUGUUUCGCAGAGAUGAGUUCUCCUCCCAUUUUAAGAAUGUCCAUGGUGACAUACAUGCUGGCCUUAAUGGUUGGAUGGAGCAAAGGUGCCCGUUGGCGUACUAUGGAUGCACCUACUCGCAAAGAAGGUUUUGUCCUUCGGUACAAGGUUUCAAAGUCAUCCAUGACCGUCACCUGGGCUCUUUCGGUGUGCAGCCUGGAUUAGCAGCUUGUCCCAAUGAGCCUCUAUCUAGAACUAACACCUGUCAGUUUAGGUCCCACUGUGACCACCUUAGUGACCUGCCCUUUGAGUUACUCCAGUACAUUGCGAGCUUCUUGGAUGGCUUUAGCCUAUGCCAUCUCUCCAGGGUGUCUCGCACUAUGAGGGACGUAUGUGCCAGUCUUCUUCAAUCCCGUGGCAUGGUUGUCCUAAUCUGGGAGAAGACACAGCGAGCUGAUGGAACCUCAUCCUGGCAGAUACAAGACAAGGUGUGGCGCUUCAGUACUGCAUUUGAUACUGUGAACGAGUGGAAGUUUGCCAACAUUUCCAGCAUGGCCGACCACCUCAAGAUGUGCACAUUUAACACCAUAACACGGAGAGAAGAGGCUGUCCCACUUCCAUGUAUGAGUUUUACAAGAGAACUUACAAAAGAGGGACGCUCUCUACGUUCAGUGCUUAAACCGGUGAUAUAGACUGUAGUCAACAUGCAGAAGAGGAUUUCAUUUUCGAAAACAACAUGUCUUAUGCGUUCAGGUGAACCAUGGGAUUUGUUUGGCAAUGGAUUCAUUAAAAUUAGAGCCUAAACUUGAUAAACCACUUUUGGAAGAGAUGUUUCUUUUAAAUAAACAAUAUUGUUUAUUACUGUAUUGAUGAUGGUUGUGCUGUCUUAUAUUUUUGAUACACUAUAUUAAGUUUUUUUUUUUUUUACAAAUUAGUUGUUUUUGUUUAACUAUGUAACUUCAAACCAGAAACACUGAAUUUUUAAAAUGGUGAUGACCAAACGGAAAACCAUCGUCUGCAUUUUUGUAAUGCAGGAAAACACAAUCCAAGGGUUUCUUACAUUGUGCAUGAAAUGGUGACGUCAGCUGGCUUUUCUGUUGCAUUGCUCAUGUUUUCUUUUACCUUGCAUAGUUUUCCUCUUUGAGAAUGUAUAUCAAGCAAACUGUCCAUUUUGGCAUUUCAUAUAAUAAAUGAAUUUGCUCCAAAAUACAUUAGAGUUUGAUUAGACAUAGAGCAGAAGAUAUAAGAAUUGUUUUCUCUUUAGAAGUCCGCUAUUUUACUAUGCUUCCUAUACAUGACUAUUUGGCUAGUUGCAUUUGAUUAUUUUAAUUUGUAUUUAGCAUUGUUUGUUUCAUUGUUGUUUUGCCUGCUUCCACAGAACAGACCAGCAAACCACCAGGUCAGAACCACUGAUGUAGACUUUAAUCUCUUGAUUUCUCUCUCAUUUAAAAGUCUGUAAAUGACAGUCUUUUACAUUUUCCCCUUUUUAUCAGUUGGUCAGAACGAACGCAUAACAGUGCAUUCUCUGAGAAGCAUUUAUGGUAUCCAGUUUUAGUUGUAUACAACACUUAGUACUUGAUACUGUCAAACACAACACUUGCAGUGGUCAUCUUCUGUGUCUUUUGAAAAGUAAACAGAUUCAUGUAAAUGUACUUUAUCUAUGUUGAUGGCGUGUGCUGCAUUACAAUCUUCCUGAUGCUGGGUCACUGCACAAAACCUGCAGGACAGGUACAAGACUGCCGUUGUAGCCUGUUUUUGGGGACAUACAGUGCAUGUGCAGAUGUACUUUUCUGUUUCUCGGGGGUUUAACAUCAAGCAUAUGCAGUGGCGUAGCAAGUCAGUCCCGGGCCCAUAUGCAAAAAUAAAUAAAUAAAAUAAUCCCUUAAUAAGAACAACUUCUAGUGGGAUGCCAGGUGUGCAAAAAAAAAAAAAAACUUUUUAAACAACUGAUCUUGGCACGGCGGCCCAAAAUUUAAAAACACAACUACUCACUCAUUUUAGUAGCAUUCUUCGGGCCUUUCUUUUCGGCAAAUUCAUCCACGAUGAACGUGGUGUUUAAUGCAAGGCUUCGUGCAUUCUGGAUGGAAAGAAUUGCCAGUCCCGAUAGUCUGUUUUGGGACAUGGUGCUCCGCAAAUAAUUGUUGUGUCGUGACUAACUUCUCCACCUUCUCUUUUCUCUUUAAGGCCCCACUUUUAUGUUUAUAUUGUACAUCCUUAAUGUUGACGUAGAUAACCUCUAACACGUUUUUUUUUUUUUUUUUUUUUUUUUUUUUGGCGCGACAAUGCGACAUGUAAAUAAAUGAUGGCGUAGUAGUCUACGGCAGCCGCGGAGUGCAAAAAAAAAUGAUAAAACGCAAACAAGAAAUUACGGAGAAAUUAGACAUUACGGAGAAAUAAGAAAUUACUACACACGAUGUGCAUAAAAAUAUAUUUAUUACGGCCACAAAUUAAAAUUAAAUUGAAUUUUUUUUUUAUUAAAAGCUGGGGCGGGCCCGGGCUCAUUUGCACGUGCAUUAACUGAAUGCCCAGACGCUACGCCACUGAGCAUAUGCCAUAUGCAUUCUCUUCCACUUUUAUUUGUUGAUGGUUUAAAAGUCAAGUUUACAGUAUGUUUUUUAGGCCUUUUGCUGUUUGUUUUCAGGUGUGCAGUUACUGUGUUUCAGUUUGUGGUCUGAAAUGUUGCAAUAUUUUCAAUCUUAGUUGUGUGAAAUGUUUUACUGUAUGUGCUUUGUGCGAAUUUUGAGAGUGACAGUCCUUGCGUUCAUGUUGUGUGAUGACAAGAGCAAUAUUCUGAAACGUUUGAGUUUCCGUAUAAUUUAAUUCUAGCCACUUUGAGAACUGAAGAGUCAUAAAUGUUUAUUUUGAAGGACUUUAUCAGAGUUAACAUCAAUCAAAGUGAAAAAUGUCAGAAUGCAUUCAUUUACUGCAUCAACAGUCUGGGAGCAUUUUAUGUUUUUUUGAAGAAUUGUGAUUAUAUUUGAAUCUAUUUAAAUAUAUUAACUCUAAGUUUUCCAGCCAUAAAUAUCAUUAUAUGAGGGAACUCAGGUAUUUAAAGAAGAACUGUGGAAAGGUUAGUUCUGAAAAUUUACUAUUUUGUUUCCUUUUUUCUUGAUUUUUUGAAAGUAAGUGUACAGAUAAUUUACUCUCCAAACCCUGACAUUUUUCUAAUACAGUUUUCAUAUUUGCUGUUUUAUAUGACCUCCUAGUUCUCAAACCCCUUUUUCUAUUGUAAAUAAAAAGUAAUCUCUAGGUUAGCUAACCUAAACAGUUGUUUCACAUCAGCAGUUGUAUAAUCAUUUGCAUUUUUUAUUUAAUAAUAUUUUGUAAUAUUUUAAUAAAGUGUGAGAAAUCCA